CUGUGAGCCGGCGCCGGGAGAGGCUCGUGGGCUGGCGUGUGCGUGCCGACGCCUGGGGCUGGGAUGAAGAGGCUUUCUGCUCUGAAUUUGGUUCCUUGUAAAAUGAAUGUUGCAUUAUUUCACAGAGGUUGGACCCUCCCUUAGAAUUUGUGAAGAUACAUGCACGUAAACAGCUUAUUUUUAUUGAAGACUUCUAUGCAGCUUACAAAGUUUUAAUCACAAUGAAUUCUGGCUUAUGGAGUCAAGAAAAAGGAGGUUCAUCCUAUUGGGAAGAGCGGAUCUUUUACUUGCUUCUCCAGGAAUGCAGUGUCUUGGACAAGCAGACGCAGAAGCUCCUGAAAGUACCAAGAGGUAGCAUUGGGCAGUUUUUUCAAGACCGUUCUUCUGUGGGACACUCCAGAAAUAUUCCUUGUAAAGGCAAGAAACUGCAGAUUGGAUUAAAGAUUCUGGAGCAACCUCAUGCAGUCCUGCUUGUGGAUGAGAAAGAUAUUAUAGAAAUAAGUGAAAAACUAGCUGAGUUGCUUUUGGCUAUUACUAACUGUGAGGAAAGAUACAGUCUGUUUAAAAGCAAAAGCAGGUUAACUAAAGGCAUCCAAAUAGAUAUUGGCUCACCUGUUAGAGUACAGCUGAGAUCAGGAGAUGAGAAAUUUCCUGGAGUUGUUCGUUUCAGAGGACCCUUGAUGCAAGAAAGGUCCCUAACAGGGAUAUACUUUGGAGUAGAGUUACUGGAAGAAGGUCGUGGUCAGGGCUUUACUGAUGGCCAGUACCAAGGCAAGCAGCUUUUCAGAUGCGAUGAGGAUUGUGGGGUUUUUGUUGCUUUGGACAAACUGGAGCUGGUGGAAGAUGAUGACAAUGAACUGGAAAGUGACUAUGCAGCUCCUGUUGAAGCAAUGCAGGUAGAACUUCCUCCUCUGGAGAUCAACUCCAGGGUUUCUCUGAAGAUAGGAGAGAGUAUAGAGUAUGGGACAGUUAUAUUCUGUGAUGUCUUACCAGGAAACGAGAGUUUAGGAUACGUUGUUGGAGUGGACAUGGAUAAUCCUAUCGGAAACUGGGAUGGAAGAUAUAAUGGAAUACAGCUGUGCAGUUUUGCAAGUGUUGAAAGUACACUUCUUUUGCAUAUCAAUGAUGUUAUUCCAGAGACUGUGUCACAGGACAGGAGACCUCCCAAGCUUGCUUACACCUCAAGAGGUGGUGGUGACAAAAGCUUGUUCAAUCAUAGUAAGCCAAAGUCUACCGGAUCUACCUCUGAAACUGGAAAAAGAAACAGAUCUGAAGCCUUCUACACGUUAAAUGGCUCAUCGGUUGACUCUCAGCCUCAAACAAAAGCAAAACCCCCAUGGUAUAUUGAUGAAGCUGCUGAAGACCCAGCAAAAUCACUUAGUGAUUCAUCUCCUGGAUUUGGACAUUCUUCACCACCACUGCAGCCACCUUUAACGAACUCUGUGUCUACAGAAAACAGAUUUCACUCCCUCCCUUUCAGCUUGACAAAAACAUCAAGUGCUAAUGGUACUGGUACUACUAUUGGACAUAGUCCUCUCUCUUUAUCUGUUCAGUCUGUCAUUGGUGAUGUAAAUACUACAGCAAACCAGGAGAGUCCAUCAUCAGCAGACCCAGUUGGGAACUCGCAUGGUCUUGAAGCAGGUUCCUUGGCUGAAGUUAAAGAAAAUCCUCCUUUCUAUGGAGUAAUCCGAUGGAUUGGCCAGCCCCCUGGAGUAAAUGAAGUAUUAGCUGGACUGGAACUGGAAGAUGAAUGUGCAGGUUGCACGGACGGCACAUUUAAGGGAACUCGAUACUUCACGUGUGCUCCGAAGAAAGCUCUUUUUGUUAAACUCAAAAGCUGCAGGCCAGAUUCCAGGUUUGCCUCACUACAGCCAGUUUCCAACCAGAUUGAACGCUGCAACUCUCUAGCCUUUGGAGGUUACUUAAGUGAAGUGGUAGAAGAAAACACUCCUCCAAAAAUGGAAAAAGAAGGUUUAGAGACAAUGAUUGGAAAGAAGAAAGGUAUCCAGGGUCAUUACAACUCCUGUUACUUAGACUCCACCUUAUUCUGCCUGUUUUCUUUUAGCUCUGUUUUGGACACUGUGUUACUCAGACCUAAAGAAAAGAAUGAUGUAGAGUAUUAUAGUGAGACCCAAGAGCUGUUGAGGACAGAGAUCGUGAAUCCUCUGAGAAUAUACGGAUAUGUAUGUGCUACAAAAAUAAUGAAACUGAGGAAAAUACUUGAAAAAGUUGAAGCUGCAUCAGGAUUCACUUCAGAGGAAAAAGAUCCAGAAGAAUUUUUGAAUAUUUUAUUUCACCAUAUUUUAAGAGUUGAGCCACUGUUGAAAAUAAGAUCAGCAGGUCAGAAAGUACAAGACUGUUACUUCUAUCAGAUUUUUAUGGACAAAAAUGAGAAAGUCGGAGUCCCAACAAUUCAGCAGUUACUAGAGUGGUCAUUCAUCAACAGCAACUUGAAGUUUGCAGAGGCACCUUCUUGCCUGAUCAUCCAGAUGCCUCGGUUUGGAAAAGACUUCAAAAUGUUCAACAAAAUUUUUCCAUCCUUGGAAUUAAAUAUAACAGACUUACUUGAAGACACUCCCAGGCAGUGCCGCAUAUGUGGAGGGCUCGCUAUGUAUGAGUGCAGAGAAUGUUACGAAGAUACUGAUAUUUCUGCUGGGAAAAUCAAACAGUUCUGCAAAACAUGCAAUACACAGGUUCAUCUUCAUCCCAAGAGACAGAGUCAUAAAUUCAAUCCGUUGUCACUACCUAAAGACCUGCCAGACUGGGACUGGCGACACGGCUGCAUUCCGUACCAGAAGAUGGAGUUGUUUGCUGUUCUCUGCAUAGAAACAAGCCACUAUGUAGCUUUUGUUAAAUAUGGGAGGGAUGAUUCCGCCUGGCUCUUCUUUGACAGCAUGGCAGAUCGGGAUGGAGGUCAGAAUGGCUUUAACAUUCCGCAAGUUACUCCAUGUCCAGAAGUUGGUGAAUAUCUGAAGAUGUCUCUAGAAGAAUUACACUCGUUAGAUUCCAGAAAAAUUCAAGGUUGUGCAAGAAGACUACUUUGUGAUGCGUACAUGUGCAUGUAUCAAAGUCCAACGAUGAGUUUAUACAAAUGAGCAAUGGCCUCUGGAAAACUGAAGAAACAGUACAGAGUUAUUGACUGCUGCAUUUGCUGCAUGUUUUGGUUAGUUUUAAUGCAGCCGUUGCUGGCAAUGGAAGAAAUUGACUGUGAGAGCAAAAGGAUCACUCUUCCAAAAACUACAUGUGGAGUUCUGUAAUUGAAAUAUUUAAGCAUUUUGCACUCUGGGAAGUGUGCUUGUGUGUUUGUUUUAUAAACAAAGUCUAAGUGAAGUUACUAAAAAUUAAAAGCUUUAAGUGCAUUGA